CCCUAAACCCCCCAGUUUUGUUGUCCCCAACGUCCCGCAUCCAAAUGCCACUUCCCCUCCUCCAAUCGUCCCUUCUCCCUCCCUCCUUCCAUCUUCCCCCACCUCGCGCCCGCUUCCUCCUCGCCUCCCCUUCCGCCCUCGCUCCCCGAACCCUCGUCCCCCGCCCCCUCCGCCGCCACCGGGUCGCUGCCCUCGCCAGCACCGACGAGGAGCUCCUCCGCGCCAUCACCGCCCCCUCCGGACCCGAUGCCCGCCUCCCCGCCAUCCGCUCCUACGACGCCGACCUCGCUAGCCUCACCCUCAUUGGCGCCGUCGGCUCCGAGCAGGCCGUAACCGCCGCCGCCGCCGACGGCGGUGCGGCCGCCGAAGAGCACCUCUCCUCCGGCGCCUCGACCAUGGUCCUCGAGACCGUGUUCCCCGGCGGCGCCGACGAGCGCAGCACGGUCUCCACUAGGCUGUUUUUGCCAGCUAAAAGGGUGGAGGAGAAGGCCAAGAAAUUGCGCAGUAGCCUCACUGCAGAUUUUCUAUCUGGGAAUUCUAACGUGACGAAGAAUAUACUUGCGAUGACUUUCAGGCAAGUCAUCUUGCAGAAAGUCUGGAGUUUCCAGCUCUCAUUGUUUUGUCCAGGGACUGAGAGGAAAAUGGAAGAUCUUGCAAGCCCUAGAGAGACCCCAGCUGAUUUCACUGUGAGCUCAUCGGAUGUAAAGUUCCUUUCUGCGCUUGCUGAGGCUGUCUCUUCCUGCGCCCUUGAAGGAACUGAAAGGAGGCACUUUGGAGAGUCCGAUGGUUCUCGUUUGAGCUACAUGUUUGGUUGGUUACAGAAGCCCCAAGGAAACUGCUCCGUUGAUUCUUCCAUAUGUGUGUACAAAAUUGCUGAAUGUGAGAUAGUGAGGAACGCGAUGAGCCAGGUGGACAAAUUUAACUUGAGCGAUGGAAGGGCCUCAUAUGGUCAGAGGAAAAUGCAGCACCCUUGGUGGAUGGCACCCAAUUAUAUAAGAUUGGAGAAAGCUGGGGGUCCUGGAUUGAGUUCUUGGACGAAUGAGUUUGUUCCUGCAUACAGAUUGCAAAUAAAUACCAAUACUUUUAAGGAUGCAAAGCUUGAAGGAGGACACAAGAUGGCCGGAAAUAGGUGGGAAGUUCUCUUGACCCAUUACCAAAUGGUGGAACUUGCAAAUGUUCUUGACAUGUACUAUGAAGACAAAUACACACUCCCUGACAAACAGCUUUUCUGCAGUUUAAUAACUCAAUCAUCAACUAUCUCGAUGAAUAAGAGUUCACCAUUGAAGAUGCUGUUUGUUACCUUAGCUGGAGCAUGCAUUUUUGUUCUCAUCAGUGUUCUUGCUCAAGUAUGUUGGCCACACAUUAAAGUCAACACAUCUACAGAAAGGAAUAACUUAAUUUCUUCAAGGGAAAUUGAUGGUUUCCAUUUCCAGUCUCAUGGAACAGCUGAGAUAGAAGGCUUGUGCAUUUCAGUUGUCGAGAGGAUCAAAGAUGCACUUGGUUGGCCUGGGGAAGUACCUUUUGAUGCGGACAUGGGUGCAUGGAUUGGUGCAGUUCCAAGCUACUUAAGGAACAAGGAUCCAUCUCUUCGUGCUGUUCAUGUUGAUGAAGAACAGGUCAAAAACUUAUAUAAUGGUGAUAUACAGUCUCAAACAGAACAAUCCAACAGUAUGGUCUCUCCUAUCUCAAAUCAUGUGGAACAUCCUAAUGCAGAGGAGUCUACCAGUACAGAAUCUCUUUCUGGAAUGAACCGUGCCGAUUUUCAUACUACCGCGCAGGACAUUGCUAGUUUUCAGGUUGUCUUGUCUGGAGAUGGUAAAAUUAUUGGGUUUCAGCCAACAAACCGUGUGGCUGUCAACCAAUGGGCAUCCAAUUCCCUGGCGAAACUAUUGUACGGGGGGCGAAGGUUAUCUCCUGGCCUUCUCGAGCCAAGUCUAAAAAUUCCCCUUCCGCGCGAGGUGGUUCUUCUCGAACUAUUAAUGUCGGUAAAUCCCGAAUCCUCUUUUGCAUUGGCAAGACCGAUCCGAUAGCCAUCCCAAAUCAAUCGAAGCAUUGUUUGGAUAGUAUGUAAGAAGACUGUUGAAAAGUUUGGUUGCCUAAACUUCAAAAGGAAAUGAAAGAAGGUUCAGCUACACAUCAAGAUACCAUCGGGCAUGGCGUCAUCUAGAUCGAUAGUGUCUCAGGUUUGUGCUUCAGAUAGUGCGAAUUAAAAGCCUUCCUCUACUGCUGGGAAAGGCAAAGAAUGUGGUUUCCUGACAAACACAGAGCAUGAUGGAGGAGAAUACUCUGCAAAUGUUAUAGAAGUCGGCCUUUUCAGUGACAUUAGAUGCUUUAUUUAAUCCAUCUACACUGAUUCAGAUUGGUGUCUGUGUGAGCUUUAAAUCUGUCAAUACAGACUGGUCUUCUGUAUUCUAGUAUAAAACCCCUAUAGGUGAUGCUCAAAUUUCUGGGAGCAUGGCGGUAAAUUCUGCAACAUGAGAGAGAUUUGGAUUCU